AUUUGGCAGGGAUGGGGACUGCAAGAGAAUCUUUUACUUGACCAAAUCCUGGUCUUUGCUUUGGACAAGAUGAAGAGCGGGGUUGUUUCUCCAUCCCACCCCCACACUUUUCUUCCCGUCUUGUUAAAAACAAUGUGAUUAUGAAGGAAAAUUGCUGCAGCUGUUAGUUGGGGACAUGUUUUGCUGGCAGUUUGAAUCAUCAGGAAAUUUUGGCUCAACUUAAGACCAUACUGAACACUGAAAAAAGCAUUGAAGAUUUCUCAGCAGCAUUAAAAUAUUGCCCCAGAGAAGAUUCUAAGUGAACGUGUCAGUUAUAUCAGGAAGAAUCAAAUCAAUGAUCUUUUCAGUAUAGUUAAUCUCAUUCGAUUUCAAGGUUGACUCAUCCUUCCAUCCUUCCGAGAUCCCUCAAAACAUCUUAAUCCUGGUCGUAGAUUAAUCACCAUUGCAGACAAUCUCCCUUUGACUGACUAGAAUUCCUCUUUGGCACUUAACCAGUGUACAAUGGCAAGUAUUGCCAAAUUUAAUAUUGAUGCCCCUCGCUGGGACCAGAAUACUUUUUUGGGGCGUGUAAAGCACUUUUUCAACAUCACAGAUCCACGGACGCUUUUGGUGUCAGAGCAAACGUUAGAUUCAGCGAAGACAAUUGUAGAUAACUGCAGGGCAGGUUCGCUACCCCCUGGAACGAGCGAGGAACAGCUUUUCUAUGCCAAAAAGCUUUAUGACUCAGCUUUCCAUCCUGACUCAGGGGAAAAAAUGAAUUUAAUAGGGAGAAUGUCGUUUCAAGUCCCUGGAGGAAUGGCUAUCACAGGCUGCAUGCUGCAAUUUUACAGAACAGUUCCGGCUGUGGUGUUUUGGCAGUGGGUAAAUCAGUCUUUUAAUGCCAUUGUGAAUUACACCAACCGGAAUGCAGCUAGCCCCAUCUCGGUCAAGCAAAUUGGAGUGGCUUAUUUCACCGCUACCAGCACUGCCUUGGCAACUGCUGUGGGACUCAACCUUUACACUAAGAGAGCACCAUCCCUUGUGGCACGUUGGGUCCCAUUUGCAGCAGUAGCUGCUGCCAACUGUGUGAAUAUCCCCUUGAUGAGGCAACAGGAACUCAUUAAUGGGAUCACAGUGACAGAUGAAAAUGACAAUACUCUGGGAAAGUCCAGGAGAGCUGCAAUCAAGGGGAUAACUCAGGUGGUGGUUUCCCGCAUUGUUAUGGCUGCUCCUGGCAUGAUUUUAUUGCCUAUUAUCAUGGAGGCAUUAGAGAAAUAUCCAUUCAUGAAGAAAAUCCAGGUUCUCCAUGCUCCCUUGCAAACAGUUCUUGUUGGAGGAUUCCUUGUGUUCAUGGUCCCAGUUGCCUGCGCACUUUUCCCACAGAGAAGUUCAAUUGCACUUUCACACCUGGAGCCUGAACUCAGAGAACGAAUUGUAACUGAACAUGGUGACAAAGUGACUUUUGCCUAUUUUAAUAAGGGUUUAUGAGUGAGAACUGCCUGGACUUGGUGCCUAUGGACUUCUCCUGGACAAAAACCUUUAAAGGGUGUUAUCAGGAACAGAGCUCAGAAUAUUCCAGGAAGAGCAGCACUCCAUCUCCUUUCUUUUUUUCUUUGUGUGUGUUUGUGUGUCUGAGUAUAGAGAGAACUAUCUGGGCAAAUCUGAGCCUUUCUUUCUGUUACAUCUUCAUGGUGACAAAAGUAUGGGUUUUGGAAUAUGUCAUUUUCUGCUUUAUGGCAAUGAUGAGAAUGCAUUACUUGUAGCCAAUUAGUCAGCAAUGGAAUUACCGUAUUUUUCAGAGUAUAAGAUGCACCAAAGUUUUGAAGAGGCAAAUUAAAAAAAA